AUGACUGGACGAAAGAAAGUUUUACUAAAAUUUAUUCUUUUGGGUGAUAGUGGUGUUGGAAAAACGAGUUUAAUGAGUCAAUUUGUUUCACAGAAAUUUUUCAUCGAUUAUAAAGCAACAAUAGGUGCAAAUUUUUUAACUAAGGAAGUACAAAUUGAUAAUUAUCUUGUAACAAUGCAGAUUUGGGAUACAGCUGGACAAGAACGUUUUCAAAGUUUAAGCAUUUCUUAUUAUCGUGGAGCCGAUUGUUGUAUACUUGUUUACGAUGUUACAUCAACGAGUUCAUUUGCUGCGUUAAAUCAUUGGCGGGACGAAUUUCUCAUUCAAGCUGCACCUCGUGAUCCAGACAAUUUUCCAUUUGUGGUUAUUGGUAAUAAAGUCGAUCUUAAUGAUCGUGUGGUUCAAACACGUCAAGUACAAAGUUGGUGUUCAGAUAUAUUAAAUGUAUCCUAUUUUGAAACAUCAGCUAAACGAGGUAACAAUAUUGAAAAAGCGUUUGAAACAGCUGUACAUAAUGCAUUAGCACGUAGCAAAGAUAUUGAUCCAACAUCGGACGCUGAAACAUCUAUUAAACUUCCCGAAAAUAAUCGAUCAAUACUACCAAGUAGAUGCCCAUGUUAA